UAAUCCAAAGUCCAAAAAACCCAUUUACAUUUCGCUCUACUUCACUUCUACUGAAACGUGAGAAGAGAAACACAGACAUCUGACAGCAAUGGAGGUCCGCAGAGAGAACCGCAACAUCCACGACAACCAGCGCCGUCAACUGGCUAAGCAGUUCGAACUGAAGCGCAACCUGUUCAAGGCUUUCCUCAGAGACCCAGAGCUUCCACCGGAGUUGAGAGAACAACAACAGUACAAGCUAGCCAAGUUGCCUCGAAACAGCUCCUUCACUCGCCUCAGGAACCGGUGCAUCUUCACUGGCCGAUCUCGCGGUGUGUACCAGUUCUUCCGUAUGUCUCGUAUCGUGUUUCGUGAACUCGCUUCAAAAGGCGCUCUUGCUGGCAUUAAGAAAGCUUCUUGGUAAAUACAAAAAAUGGUUUGGGUGUUUUUGGAACUGAAAUGCCUUUUUAUGUUGAUUUCUCAGAUGGGAUUUUUGUUUUUUUUUUGGAAAUGGAUAUGAGUUGUUGUUGUUGUUGUUGACAUGGAAUCAAAAGAUAUGUGGUCAUUGGAAAAUUUUUAGUAGUAUGCUGAAUUCGAUGUUGAUAAGAAUUAAAUUGUGUAACUGUUAUUGUUUACAAGGUGGGAAUGUUGGAUUGUUAUGCGUGUUGUUA